CAGAGUGAGGGCGGAAGUGUAGCGGGACCGGAGCUGUAUGAGGCACGUCCAGAUGUAAGAGUCAUUUGUCUGCUCUCUGAUAGCGUCUCCGGUACAUUUCUCUUCCCUCCCAGCAGCAGCCCCAUCCCCGGGGUAUGUGGUUUCAGACAGUGGAUCUAGUGGACCCCGAGUAGCUGGAGGGUUGCUGAUGCCACGCCAUGUUGUUCUCUCUCAUUGAGCUGGUGCAGUGGUUGGGAUUGGCUCAGCUGGAAAUCUUCCUCCACAUCUCGGCACUGCUGGUAUACAGCGUGCUGCUGGCACUCAAGGCUGAUGGCUUUGCCCCCGGCAUGUCCUGGUGGAACGUCUUCAUCCCCUUUUUCACAGCCGAUGGCUUGAGCACCUACUUCACCACCAUCGUAACGGUGCGGCUCUUCCAGGACGGGGAGAAACGACAAGCGUUCCUUCGUCUCUUCUGGAUCCUCACCAUCCUCAGCCUCAAGUUCGUCUUCGAGAUGCUCCUGUGCCAGAAGCUGGUGGAACAGAGCCGGGAGUUGUGGUACGGCCUCAUCAUGUCCCCCGUCUUCAUCCUGCUCCAACUGCUCAUGAUCCGAGCCUGCAGGGUCAACUAGAGACCCCCAAUGUCCCCCACUUGUACUUAUUUAUUUCUAUGCCCACCCCUAUGUACUGUUCUGAUCCACCCGACUGAAAGACUUCUGAAUUCACACUGAACAUUUACACAAUAUUCUCCUGCUCAGAUUCCUCCUGUACCUCGUGGGACUUUGCUCUGAUUCUAAUAAAGGAAAGUGAAAUCUCA